UUUAACCAUUUUCUUGGAGGAAAAAAGGAAAAAAAAAAAAAGGAUGGGGAGAGAGGUAUCAGAAAGCUGUAUCGAUAGCUUACUAACCGAAGUGGUUUCAACAUAUUGCAACCGAUUUUACGCUAAUAAGCCUGAACUCGCCGCCCGUCGGAUCGAAGCCAUUGGAUAUCAGGUCGGCCACCAGCUCUCUGAACGGUACACAAUGGAGAGGCCACGUUUUAGCGAUCAUUUAGAAGCAAUCAAAUUCAUCUGCAAGGAUUUUUGGUUUGAACUCUUCAAGAAGCAGAUAGACAACUUGAAGACAAAUCACAGAGGUACCUUUGUAUUGCAAGAUAAUCGUUUUUGUUGGCUUACACGCAUGUCGAUUGAUCAAUCACCUGAAAAUGGAACAUCCGAAGAGCUUUCUAUCAUGGCUGACAACAAGGCUAUGCAAAGCAUGCAUCUCUAUUUUCCGUGCGGAAUUAUCAGAGGAGCUCUAUCAAACUUGGGAAUACCUUGUGCAGUUUCUGCCGACAUAUCCAACCUUCCUGCAUGUUCAUUUGUGAUCCGAAUAAAGGCUUGACAAGGAUGUUGCGGGGUUUCGAACAUACUCUCAUUGCUAGUUUAAAGCAUGAUAACAAGAAGUUGGCUGGAGAAGUAAUAGAACCCAUUCAGAAUGAUCAGAAAUUGUGGUACAUGUAAGUACUUUUUGAACAAAAUUACGUGACAAAUAGAGUUGGAACAUUUUGUAUAUUGUGAAAACCUUUGUUGUGGAGUUCUUGUCUGUGUAUCAAUGCCCUUCACUGUGUUGACAAACCGAACCGGUUGGUGGGACUAGUUAAACCCAACAAUGUUAAAAAAAAAAUGGGAGUGGAGUAGACCAAACUGAUGAGGCGCUUUAACGAGUUGAAUUGGUUGGUUGUAUUAAAAUGAAAAUUUUAAUAUUGAACUAUAAUUGUAGUCCUUGGCAUAGUUGAUAAACAGGACCAAAUCAUGGCAAUUUAUGUAUUAUUGUCAUAUUUUGAUAAUAAUUUAUUUUACUUAUGUAUUUGUAUUUUUA